AUUAGAUUUAAUCAGUUGCGGCACGUGCAUUUCAUGAUGCAUUUUACGUUGUGCGACAUUUAUAAAAAUCUCUCGCGCAUUGACGAGAAUAAUUAUUUCUAAGGGAACUUGUAAUAUUUAAAACUUAAGAUCAUAAUGUUGCUUUUUGUCUGCUUGAACGUAUAGAAAGAUUAUCACAAUGACAAAUUCAAAGGGUUAUAGGCGAGGCACCAGGGACUUGUUUUCACGCAAGUUCCGUAAACAUGGGACGAUUCCAUUAUCAACAUACAUGAAAGUAUACAAAGUCGGCGAUAUUGUCGACAUUAAAGGAAACGGCGCUGUACAGAAAGGCAUGCCAUAUAAGGUAUAUCACGGUAAAACUGGUCGUGUAUUCAACGUGACACCCCAUGCUUUGGGUGUCAUUGUGAACAAAAGAGUGCGCGGACGUAUAAUUGCAAAGAGGAUUAACGUUCGCAUCGAACACCUGACGCACUCUAAAUGCCGCGAAGAUUUCUUGAAGCGAGUUAAAGAGAACGAGAGAUUGAGAAAGGAAGCCAAGGAAAAGAACGUGCGCGUUCAAUUAAAAAGACAACCAGCUGAACCAUCGAAAGCGCACAUAGUAUCAGGACGCGAUAAGCCCGAAAUGCUCGCACCUAUCUCAUAUGAAUUUAUCGCUUAAAUGUAAAUAAAUACAUU